AUGCAGGACCAUCGCACAGAUGAUGGCGGCACGCGGACUGACCUGCGUGACACGGCACCCGCUGCACGACUUCCGCUGCAGCAGAUCACACUCCAGGACUGUUUCACCCAUGCAGGUACGAGCGACCUAUCGGCCGUAUUGCCCUAUCUCUUGCUGCAGUACAAUGAACUGGUGAGCGAACACCUGGCGCUCUCGAACGCGUACUGGGCGUUGACCGAAGGUACCCCCGAGCGAUCCGAGCCAGUGGGCCUCGGUGUCGACGUUAUUCCGCCGUCGUCGCCGCCGCCGCAGAGCCGCUUCCGCCUGCUCCGCCGCCGCAGCACGCGCAGCGUGCGCGAGACGGGUGUCUUGAGCCAAACCAAGAGCCCAGCAAGCGCGAGCAGCAUCCCGCUGCCACAGACGCCUUCUUCGCAGCAACAGUCGGACAGUGCAUCGACCACGCCAAACACCGCGUACACCAGCACCAUGGACGGCCUCGAGGGACACAGGCGCGAGGUGUUUGGCGCCAUGCCCCCCCCGCAGGCCCCGACGCACUCGCCGAAACUCUGGCGCAAAAGCAGUGCACCAGGCGCACCGAUUAACCGCGCCCCGGACUCGCCGCAGCGCGAUCGCUCGGGACGCACCGUGAUGCCGGACUCGCCACACGAUCGCGCAGUUCGCGCGUCGCUCGCGCCCGAAUCGCCGCAGCGCGACCGCAGCGCACGCACAUCCGUGCUCUCCGCCUCGCCCCGCUUGGCACGAGGUAGCGGCCUGACCAACACGCGCACGGUGCCGUCACCCGUCCCGCAAAGCACCGUGCGCGUGUUGGGUUUCCGGCCGACAAGCCCUCUGGUGCGCUCGCGCGGAGACGUCUAUGGUCUGGCGCCGCUCGAGCACGAUCCGCUGUGCUACUCGAUCCUACGCACGAUCCACUCGUGGGUGCGUACCCCAGGCCAUGUCGCCUUCCGCAUUCUGGUGUACCCCCAGGUGCCCGACGACCCUCCGCCGCCGUACCUCAUCGAGAAGUCGUAUGCAGACCUGGUACAGUUCCGCGAGCGUCUGCGCACGCGUGCGCAAGGCCUCGUGGACAACACGACGGUGCUUGUCGCGACGCCGGACGCCGACCUCUUUGAGCGCGCGCCGACGCCGUGGCGCAUCGCGGAGCGGAAUGCUGCGAUCGAUACCUUCCUGCAUGCCUUGCAGCGUCUGCCGGUGUGGUACGACGACGUGCUCGUGCAGUUUCUCAGCACGCACUUGGUCACCACCGCGCCAAUCGACUUUCUGCCAUCGCUCGGGCCGUGCCUGCGCCAGGCAUGCCUCUUGCAAAAGAUGGUACACAGCGACAACUGGGGGUGGCGUAUCUGCUCGCUGUACCCCCAUGUGCUGGCGGUGCAGGUUCCCGGCUCCGACCACGCGACGUGGGCGAUGCGCCUCGGCGAUGCGCGCAUUCGGCGCCAGUUUGAGGAUGCGCCACCCGGCAGCGACACGACGACGCGGUGUGCUAUGCUGGCCAUACACGCCGCCCCGCCGGACGGACCGUCGAUCCUGCUUGCGGUGGAGAGCAACGAAGAGUGCAACGAGUGGCUCCAAGCGCUUCUGCAGCAGACCCACGAAGCAAACGCAGACAUGCCCGAGCGCGUCGCGAACACGCCCGAGCCGCAGCGCAGUGCCGAGGUGCCGGUCACGCCCCGUACGAACUUUAUCUCUGCGUCGCAUUCGACGUCGCCGCGCCCAGAGCGGAGCCAGUCGACGUCGCCGGGGCCGCUGGAGCACCGCAACCGCCAAGGCAUCACGAGCCUUUUUCGCGCGAAUGCCACGCCGGAGCAGCCGGGGAUGGCCGCAGGCCACGACCGCCGGCGCUUCUGGCACGGCCUGCUCAGCAUCGGACACCACGGCUCGCCGGACUGGCCGAGCCAGCCAGCGGAAGGCGGGACGUUUGGCGCACCGCUGCGCAUCGCCGUGCAAGAGUCCGGCCUGCCUGCGGACGCGACCGGCACACUGAGCGCCGUGCCGGCCGUGGUUCGCCGCUGCGUCGACUACCUGGAGCACACGCGUGGCAUCGAAGAAGAGGGCAUCUACCGCAUCAGCGGCAGCUCAUCCGCAGUCAAGGCUUUGUACGACUGCUUCAGCGCGGGCCACGGCCUGGAUCUCGAGGCAGACAGCGGUGCACGCAUCCGCACGCUCACCAGCGACCCGCACAACCUCAGCAGCCUGCUUAAGAUGUACCUGCGCGCGCUCCCGGAAAACAUCUGUGCCUCGGCGCUCUCCGACAUGGCCCAUGCCGCCGAGCUCGCGGAGCGGACCGAGCGCGUGCACGCCUUGCAGCGCCUUGUUGCGUCCCUCCCCCCCGAGAACUAUUCAUUAUUGCGCUUCCUCUGCGCCCACUUUUUCCGUGUGAGUGCAGCGUCCGACAAGAACAAAAUGACGUUGCACAACCUCGGUAUUGUUCUGAGUCCUACAUUGAUGAUGCCUACUAAUUUGCUCCUGGCCCUAAUUUCCGACAAUGACACGAUCUUCAAGCAUACCCUCAUUUCGUCUCCGCCCGAUGCCGACGUCUUUGGACGUAUUGACUCGGAAUCGGGUAGCGUACAGGCCACGCUUCGCGACCGCGUGCAGUCGAUGAGUUUUCGCAGUCCGCGCCUCGGCUCGCAGCAUAAACAGCGACCGUCGGAUGCCGCACUGAACGCGGUGUAUGAUGGGAGUAUCAUACUUCCCUCCGAGGCGAACCCCAAGGGCCCUAUUUUGACCCACCAUAGCCCCAUCCUGCCCCAGGGCGAAGGCGCCGCUCCGUAG